UAUUUCUGAUGAAAUAUUCCGCGGGAGCAUUGUGUACAUAGGUUGUUGGGUGUGUAAGUUAGAUUUUGCACUUUCGUCCAGUGUUAUCUGAUACCUAUCCUAAAUCCUCAACCAUGUCAGCCUUUGUUGGCAAGUAUGCUGAGGAGCUUAUAAAGAAUGCCAAGUACAUUGCCACCCCAGGCAAGGGCAUAUUGGCAGCAGAUGAGAGCACAGGCACCAUCGGCAAGCGUCUAUCCAGCAUCAAUGUCGAGAACAUUGAGUCCAACCGCCAAGCUCUCCGAGAGCUUCUUUUCACUUCUCCCAACGCCCUCCCUUACCUCUCUGGUGUCAUCCUCUUCGAGGAGACCUUGUACCAGAAGAGCUCUGAUGGCAAACCCUUCGUCGAAAUCCUCCAGGAAAACAAUGUCAUUCCAGGGAUCAAGGUUGACAAGGGCACCGUUGAGUUAGCUGGAACAAAUGGAGAAACAACAACCCAAGGCUUUGACUCUCUGGGAGCUAGGUGCGCACAGUACUACAAGGCGGGCGCGCGUUUUGCCAAGUGGCGUGCCGUGCUCAAGAUAGGCCUCACCGAGCCCUCGGAACUGUCCAUCCAGCAGAAUGCGCAGGGCUUGGCUCGCUAUGCGAUCAUCUGCCAGGAGAACGGACUAGUGCCAAUCGUUGAGCCAGAGAUUUUAACUGAUGGAGAUCAUGACAUUAAGAAAUGUGCAGCUGCUACUGAAAAGGUUCUUGCAGCAGUUUACAAGGCACUCAAUGAGCAACAUGUUCUUCUUGAAGGCACACUCCUUAAGCCCAACAUGGUUACUCCAGGCUCUGACAGCCCAAAGGUUACGCCAGAGGUGAUUGCUGAGUACACAGUGACUGCACUCCGCCGGACAGUCCCAGCAGCUGUGCCUGGGAUUGUGUUUCUGUCCGGUGGACAAAGUGAGGAAGAGGCAACACUCAACUUGGAUGCAAUGAACAGGUUGGAUGUGUUGAAGCCAUGGACUCUUUCAUUCUCGUUCGGGCGAGCUUUGCAAGCAAGCACACUCAAGACUUGGGUUGGGAAGAAGGAGAAUGUUGCAAAAGCUCAGGAGACGUUCUUGACAAGGUGCAAGGCAAACUCAGAUGCCACACUUGGAAAGUACUCUGGAGGAAGUGCUAGUGGAUUGGCUUCUGAGAGUUUGUUUGUCAAGGGAUACAAGUACUAGGCCUUUAACCGGAUGGACAUAUAAUUGCAUGAAGCAACGUAAACUUGUAUUUGAUUUUGGUCCAUGACUCCUGGUAGUUGGUACAUAUUCUACGAUGUUAAUUCCCAUUAUAAAUGUA